ACAGGAUUUACUGUCAAGUAGAUUGACUGUGUAUUGUGGGCGAAGUAGAGCCUGAACACACAAACGUCUGAAGCAGAGACAAGAUUGCUGCUAACACAGCCAGGGUCAGCUACCUCUUGGAAAUAAAUAUGGCUGUUGUUAGUUCGCCAUCUGAUCACUCUGCAACACACUGGAAAAUAAGUGAACAAAAGAAAAUGCAUUGCAUUUUGCAGUCGAGCAGAACCGCACACCAUUUUUGCUGGUGAAGAAGGAACAAAUCGGGGGAAAAAGAAUACGACGACAGCUUCUCCCCCCAAUGAUAACUAAUGCAACUUCACCUGUUGUUUUGAUUGCUCUGACAUACGCUGCCAACGUUUUGCACUCCAGCAGCAGGAAGGUGACUCUGCAGACAAUUGUGACACAACGCCUACGAAUCGUAUUCUGCAUUCGCCUCAAUUGUUUUGAGGUUUAAGGGCAAUGUGCAACUCUUCCCCACAGCUGCUAUAUCUGCACUCCAGUGUUUUCUGAGUCGGGUUUCUAAUUCUAAUUAGGUUCCGGAAAGGAAUAAAUGGCAUUUUGAUACAAAGUUGUGGCGGAUCUGCAACAAAAAAAGAAUUGCAAAGUGUCCUGAGACAGAGAGAAUGCCUAAAGGAAGGAACUCCAACCCCUCCACAAAAAAAGAUGGGCAAUGGUACCAGCACAUAAAUGCUCCAGAUGUUUUUCUAGUGGAAAAAGAGACUGUUUCUCCAAAGAAGUUAAAUGACAGAUUGCCAGCAAUGUACAUAGCACGUGAGAAGAAACGAUCAUUGAAGGAAUUUCCAUUUUCACUUCAUGACAACAUAUACGCUUUGAAAGAUAGCAUGGAGAUGUUCACUUAUGGUGUGGGGAUAAAGAAGUUCCCCAAAGAACAUAUGCGCAGUUCACUUGACAUUGCAUCAUGGUGGCAGGGGACAAAAGUUAUAAUGGCUGAUAAAUUAGCUGACUUCAGCAUCUACCAGACAUCUUAUAUGGGUUUACAGGAUAGAGAGCAUCACCAUCUCCAUAGACGUUAUCCUAAAAAUCACAGCGAGCGGUCCCAGAAUGUCCAGAAACAAACUGAUAUAAUGUGGCUUGGAAAAAAUGAUAACACCACUUAUCAAAUUCCACUGGAGGUUUUAGCUGUCACACAGCAUCCAUCUAAUCUUCCUAUCAAUCCACGCAAAUACUGUCGCUAUGAAAAAUCCUUCUCAACUAAGUGUAUAUAGUACGUAUUGAUGGCAGCCUUUCCCCCAGUAUUAUGGUACACUGCUAAAUUAUUGGAAAAUAAAACAAAUAGAAAUUUUUCUCUAUUUCUGUUACAACAAUUAUAUCAUUAAAUAGAUAUUGUUUUCUGUAUCAUUUCUACUGUUGAUUCGAAAAAUCAAUAAUUUGGUCUUCUGUAAUCUAGUAAAAAUGAUUGUUUUGUGCUCUGGAUCAUUAUCUAAUGACAUUUCAGGAAAUUUCCACUUUGUGUAUGCUAAUCAAAAUGUUUGUACUAACAAAAGGAGGUAAUAGCAGUUUCCUUUAAUUACGAAACGGUCACUUAACAAUUCAGCUGUGUUAUAUGGUGAAUAUAUUUUGAGAGUAAACUUUACUUAUUGAUUCAAGGGGAAGGUUCUAUUCAUGUUUAUCUGAAAAAUCAAGAUAAGAUGAUAAGCAUGCAUGUGUCACACACACAAAUAAUUACUGAUUAUUGUUUAUUUUCAUGAGACUUUCUUAAACUAGUUGGAAACCUGGGCCACUAUAUGAAGAGAAUAUUAGAGAUCAUGUUUGUCAUUUUGUGACUCUUCUCCAAAGAAGAGCUCUAGAAAAGCAUUAGUAUUACAAUAAACCUGCUCACCUUAAUUUCUAACUGGUAAAAUUUACAUUCGUUUCUUUAGUUUGAAGUUGUGUCAUCAAGUACAAGAACAUCUUCACCAUAUUAUCUCUUGGGGGCAGUUUGCCAACUCAGACACAGUAACGAAUUUGCAUUAAUUGCUUUGUAGUGAGGUGGGUUCCUCAUCUACUCUUCCAUUAACUGGAAAAUGAUUAAAAAGCAUAAAGUAAAAAUUAACUGCAAAUAUUUUCAAGCUUUUGUUAGCCUCUUCAUCUUAAAUUUAUAUAGAAAUAGACAUUAUGUCCAUAAUCAUAAUGCAGUAGAAUUGGUGUGGUGACAUAGUAAAAAGCUAUACCUGAUAAGAAUGGAUAUUUGUGCCUUUAAUCAUAGAAUGUUUAUAGGUGGUAGCUAUACUGGUGCUAUAGAUUGAGCUAUAAACCAAAUUGACAGUAUGUGAGCUAUAGCAAUCUCUCAUUUGAUCUUCAAAAAGAGUGCCUUGCAGAAAUAUAGUGCCCUCUGUCAAUGUGCUAAUUGUAUUUUAAAAUUUGAGCUCAAGGCUAGAAUUAAUAAAUUGUUGGCGGAAAUGGAAGCUACUUCAUAAAAUAUUCAACACAAACACCAUGGGUAUAUAGCUUUAAUCAGAAUGCCUAUUUGAGUAUAACUCCAAUAAAGACAGACAUAAUAGGAAUUUAGCUUCCAUCAUGCAAUAGAUGUGGCUUGAAAAGUAGAUUUUGUAUAUGUUAUUAUAUCAAGUGUAAAGUAACAUUGAGCGAAUGAAUAUGAAAAGAAGUCAUGCUGAAGAAAUACACAAGGACAUUGUAAACUGGAAAAACAUUUAACUUAGGUCAUUAAUAAAAGAUACCAA